GCGCGCAAGUGGAAAACGAUGACGCAAGAAUUCACCCCAAAUGAUUUCAUCUCAGAAUCUUAACAUUCUUCGAUUCCAUUCUCUUGAAACACUCUUUUAAUAAUUUUACCCGUGUUUCAAAAUGACGUUCGAGAAAUAUUAUUGGGGAAAACGGGACAAAUUAAAGGCCUCGCGCUAAAGGCUCCACGCGCGCACAGCUGGUUCGCUUAUAGUCGGUUGAAAUCUCCGUUUAAUCGCCUUAAAAUACUAAUGAAAACACUGCUCACCUCUCGCCGAUGCGAAAGUCACUGUAACGCGUUAAUAAGCGCUGAAUGUGUUCUUUCGGGGUAACGAGACGAACGAACGGCGGCGCGCACGAGACAACACCAGUAGCAAAGAAACGCGAGAGAACGUGACGCUAAAGGGACGAGCGCUGAGUGACGUCAUCAUUGCGCGGCAGUGCCGGGGAAGUAUGGACACUGAACUGUGGAUGUUUAUGAUGAUAUUCGAUCAUUUUUUAGAAAUAUAUCGUUCAGUUUAAGUUAGUGUGAGCGCAGAAGUAAGAAGUAACUUAAGCAUGGCAACCACCACCAAAACCCCCCCAGGUGCAGACCCUAAGCAGCUGGAGCGCACUGGUACAGUCCGAGAGAUCGGAUCACAAGCCGUGUGGUCGCUGUCUUCCUGCAAACCCGGGUUUGGAGUCGACCAGUUGAGAGAUGACAAUCUGGAGACGUACUGGCAGUCUGACGGAUCUCAGCCACAUCUGGUGAACAUUCAGUUCAGGAGGAAGACUACUGUGAAGAUGUUAUGUAUUUAUGCUGAUUAUAAAUCAGAUGAGAGCUACACUCCCAGCAAGAUCUCAGUCAGAGUGGGAAACAACUUCCACAAUUUGCAGGAGAUCCGGCAGUUGGAGAUGGUGGAGCCGAGCGGUUGGAUUCACAUUCCUCUGUUGGAUGUGGUGAACAAUCCUAUCAGAACCUUCAUGAUCCAGAUCGCUGUGUUGGCCAACCACCAGAACGGCCGUGACACACACAUGCGGCAGAUCAAGGUGUACACACCCGUGGAGGAGAGCUCCAUCGGCAAAUUUCCACGAUGCACCACUGUAGACUUCAUGAUGUACCGCACCAUCAGAUGACUCGAACAACAGUCUCCGUUGCUCACAUGGACGGACUGAGUAGAAUGACAUUUUUUUCAGAUGAUUUUUUUAAAAUGUGCCAAGCUGUGUUUUGUAAAAAGAAGUAAUUCAUGUGAAUGUUACUCUGCUGGAAAUUAAUGUUAGUUUUGAAAUAAAUAAAGCGUGUUCUG